CCAACGGCAACUGAUUGGCGACGUGGCGCUUUGAGAAGCUCCCACGUCGAUCCUGUCCCCCUUCCCCGGCAUCGCCAAGUGCCAACUCCCACUCUUCUCCAUGGCGCUACGUGUCUCCAGAACACUCUCUCUGUGUGUCGACUCUUUAAAUUCAUUCGAAUCAAACCCAAAAUCCAUCCAACUGCUACAGCAAAUCCGCAAUCCUGAUUCAAAGACGAGCAUCACAUCAGAUCUCUGGCUGCACAGCCCAGCGCGUCUGUCAUGCCUUUCCGGUCACCGAGCCCCUUGUACUCGAUGCUGCACCGCGCCAGGGGCGUCGGUGCUGGCGCGUCCUACGCUACCUCCACGGCGCCAAAGCUGAAGGCCUAUGCUCCGUCGGCAGCGGCGGCGGCAGGGGACGUCGGGCGGGCCGAGCAGAGGGGGGCGGGCAAGCCGUGGGGGGAGUACGUGCCGUUGUGCGUGGCAGCGGGGAUGAUACUGCUGUCGGUAACUCUGGGGCUGCACACGGCGAAGCAGCAGAUAAUGCACUCGCCGGCAGUGCGGGUGAACAAGUCGAGGCGGGAGACAGUGCUGGAGGUUGUGGAGCCAGAGCGGGUGGCGGAGGAGUCGGAGAACUUCCUGACCCGGUCCUUCUUCAGGAAGGUGGCGCACGUGCAGGACCUCGACACCGGGGAGGCCAUCAUCCCCGACCCGAUCAGGAAGGACGCCUUCGCGCACCGCCCGAAGGCCGAGACGCUCCGGUCAGUCGGCGUCGAUCCUGUGCCCAAGCACCCAUGAAAACUUCCACACAAACACUCUCGCUCUCUCUCUCUCUUCAUUCCUGUCGUGGGAGGAGUUUGACUAGUCUGUGUUUUGUAAUGUACAUAUGCAGACGAGGUUGUGUCUUCUCUUUCAUUGCAAGAAUGUUAUAAGAGUCUUCACUUUGCAGACAGAA